UACAACAAGUUUAUAUGUGCGGUCUGAGUUGGUUGUUAUGGGAUUGACACAUAUCUCUGAAAUCUUUUGUGCCAGACUGAUUUGGAUUCACUGAUUCAGCAGACUGGAUGUGACCCUGUGACCUCUGGUUGCCAGGGAGCGAGCGGCGGGACCAUGGCUGCUGGGGCUACAGUCGGGGAGAGCCAACUCCAGAGGAUUAUCCGAGAUCUGAAUGAGGCUGUCGCAGAGCUCGCAAAGGAAUACAAAGAAAAUGGGGAGCCGAUCACAGAUGACAGCACCAAUCUGCACAAAUUCUCCUACAAACUGGAGUAUCUGCUGCAGUUUGACCAGAAAGAGAAGACCACAUUUCUGGGUACAAAGAAGGACUAUUGGGAUUACUUCAGCGACUGUCUGGCUAAGAUCAAAGGAGCCAACGAUGGUAUUCGCUUUGUCAAAUCCAUCACCGAGCUCAAGACAUCACUUGGGAAGGGAAGAGCAUUUAUUCGCUACUCCCUCGUACAUCAGCGACUGGCCGACACUCUGCAGCAGUGUCUGAUGAACCAGAGAGUCACCAGUGACUGGUACUAUGCAAGAAGCCCUUUCUUGAAGCCCCACCUUAGUGUUGACAUCAUCAACCACCUGUAUGAGCUCAACGAGGUCCAGUUCGAUGUGGCAUCCAGAGGUCAUGAUCUUGACGCCUCCUGGCCAACUUUUGCAAGGAGAACACUGGGAAGUGCAAAUUCACCUGGUCACAUGUGGAAACCACCCAGCCGCAGUUCCAGUAUUAACAGCCUAGCCAGCACUUACUCCCAGCAAGCACCUGAGUUCCCUGCUAGUCCUGACUACGGUCAGAGUCUGCUGAAUGACCUGAACGAGUCUCUGCCCGCCUGCAUGGAAGAUGCCAGCGCAGUUGAAGACCUUCGUCUGGAGUUGGAUCAGUCCGAGCUGAAGCAGCGAGAUCUCCUUGUUAAGGUGCAGCAGCUCGGUGAGGAAGCUGCUGAGCUCAGGAGGGUAGUUGUGGAGCUCCAGAGGCAGCUGGAUGUGUCGCUUGCAGCUCAAGAGAAGCAACAGGGUUUGCAGGGAGAGCUCAGGGCUGUUCAGGGGAGAGAGGAGGCUCUGUCCAGAGAGGUGGAAGCACUCAGGACUGGGGAAAAAGCCAGGGAGGCUCAGCAGCUCCUGCUUCAGGAAAAGUUGGCAGCUGCUGAGGGGAAGAACAUAGAGCUCAUGGCCAAGUUGGACGGCGUUCUGAAUGAGAAGGGCCAGCAGGCAGCCAGUUACUUUGAUUCAGCGCAGAAGAUACAUGAGUUGCUGGACAGAUUGAAAGAGGCAGAGAAAGGAAAGCUGGAAGCUGUAGCUGAGGCGGAGGAGAAGAGGAGGCAGACGGAAAGAUUAGAGGGGGAGCUGAGAGACAAGGAGGUGACUGCAAAGGAUGGUGAAGCAAAACUUGGAGCAUUAGUGACAUCUGUGUCUGACGAGAAAGCCAAGUUAGAGGCAAAAGUGGAGGAACAGUGCAGUGCCCUUGACAAGCUGCAGGGAGCUUUGACACUGAGAGAGAAGGAGGCGAGUAAUCUACAGAGGCAACUCCAGGACCUCCAAAAAUCUUUAGAGGAGAAAGAAAAAGACCUGGAAGAGGUGAAAAGGAGAGCACAAGAAGAUAAAGAUGAGAUGCAGAAGAAUGUUGGGGUCUUGAAAGAGUCUUUAAAAGCUGAAAUUGCUGCCCUUACAGAGCAGAUUAAGAGUAAAGAGGCCGAGCUAACCUCCAGCCGUGAGACACUACAACAGCUAGAAACCAAAAACCAAAGCCUGAUCUCCGAGAAGGACAAACUUACCACCAGCUUUGCUGAGUUGGAGGGUAACGUUAAAGAACAGGCCACGAAGAUGGAAGAAUACAAGACGCAGUGUGCCAGUCUGAUGGAACUGAAUGAGAAGCUGCUGACCACAGUGAAGAGAAAUGAGGAGUUGAAGAAGGAGAUGGCAGAGAACAGAACAGUGCUCGAGGCUGAAUUAGCAGCUCUGAGGGCUUCUGAGAAACAACUGAGAGGCCAGCUGGAUGACACCAAGAUGACGGUGGAUGAAGAGAAGCGGUUGCGUGAAGAGAACCGCAAACUGGACGAGAGUCUGCAGCGAACUGCCCUGGCUGCAAAGCUCUCGGAAACCACAUCAAAGCGACUGGAGCAGGAGAACCAGAGUCUGAGGGAGGAGCAGGAUAAUGUGAAAGGAGCUCUUAGCCGCAUGCAGUCAGAUUUGAAGAACGUUCACGGGCAGAUCGGAGAUUUGGAGAAGAACUUAGGAGCUUCACGCAAGAAUGAAGCCAAUCUUCAAGAACAGCUCCAAGCCAAAGCGGCUCAGCUAGAGAGUAAAGAGAAGGACCUUGUUAUGUUGCAGUCGAGGAUGAAGGAAUUGGAGGCCAAGGAGGAGGAGCUUGAGACUGCAAAAGCCAAUGCAGAAGCAACCUGUGCUCGACAGACAGAAAUGAUUGAAAGGGUGACCUCUGAGAAACAGGUGAUGGAGAAAUCUCAGCUGGAGAGGAGUGCGGUCCAAGCCAAGGAGAACCAAGAAGUGACUGGCAAGUUAUCUGUGGUUGAAGGCCAGUUGGAGGUUAGCAUGAAAGAAGUGUCCAGGCUCCAGGCAGAGGUACUGGACCUCAGGGUGCAGGUGCAGAGAUCUGAAGAGGAAAAGCUGAAAUCCAAAGCACAGCUGGAGGUGACAGAAGCCCAAAGAGAUGAGCUCAGGACUCUGACCGAGCAGCUUAAAUCCCAGACUGAAGCACAGAAUAAGAAGCAUGUAAUGGAGCUCAUGGAGUGCAAAAAGAAAGAAGAGGCGCUCGCUCAACAGCGUGAUCGAGAAGUAGCUGCCCACGCCGAGCUGGCUAUCUCUGCAGCUGCCACUCGACAAGAGCUGGCCACCUUCAAGGCAGAAAACGAAAGGGUGGCUUUAGAGAUCAACGAGACACGAGAAGGUCUGCACAGGGCAAACACUGAGAUGGCAGAGCUGGGAAUAACCAUCUGCAAGCUGAGCGCAGAAAAGGAAGAGGCCAGAGAGCACUGGGCAGGGGAUGCUGCUAAGAUUGAAGAGCUGGAGAAAGACGUGGAGCGACUAGAGGAGUGCAUGAAAGAACUGCGACUGGAGAACAGUCGCCUGAAAGAGGAGCUUACACGGAAGGAGGCGCUUCCUGGGACGAUCACAGAGCUCCAGGCACAGCUGGAAAAGACCAAGACUCAAGUGCAAAGCAUCAAGGACUCCACCCGAGAGGAGAUGGACGUGGUCAAGUUCCAGAUGAGCUCAGAAAACAUGAAUCAUCAGGUCCAGUUAAAGAGUGCGAAUGAACAGCUGGACAAGAUGAAAGUCCAGCUGCAGGAGGAGCAGAAGAAGGCGUCCAUCUUGCAGGACAAAGUGUCUGAACUUGAGGCUGUGAAUGAACAGUAUUUGCAGCAGACCGGGGAGAAAGAUGUUCACAUCACAAAGACGGAAGCAGCCGUUGGCGAGAAUGAAAGCGAGCUUCAGCAGCUCAGAGAUGCGGUCACCAGUGCUGAAGAAGCGCACCUGGUUGCUCAAAAGCUCUGUGAGGAAUUGAAGCAGAAACUGAAAACCGCAGAAGCCGACAGACAAAGCCAGAUUCUGAAGACGACUGCGGAGAUCGAUGACCUGAACAGAACCAAGACCAACCUUGAGGAGCGACUCAUCGAGCUCAUAAGGGACAAAGAUGCCUUGUGGCAGAAGUCGGACGCUCUGGAGUUUGAGCAGAAACUGCGAGCAGAGGAGCGCUGGUGGUUGGUGGAUAAAGAGGCCACGCACUGUCUCGACUGCCAGGGUCAGUUCACCUGGUGGAUGCGCAGACAUCACUGCAGACUUUGCGGGCGCAUCUUCUGCUACUACUGCAGCAACAACUUUGUAAUGACCAAGCACAGCACGAAGAAGGAGCGCUGCUGCAGGGACUGCUACACCCAGCACAGUGCGGUGGUGGAGAGGUUCACAGAGGCAGAGCUGAGUCCUUCAGAUGUUCCUCCUCCUCCACCUGGAGCUGGACCUCAGCCACCUCCUGAACCAGCUCCUUAUAAACCCACUCCCAGGGUCACAGUUUCGGACCCCUGUAACCGAUCAGACGAUGGAGUUUUCGACAUCAUCACUGAAGAAGAGGUGAACGGCGUCUACGACAGUGACGCCACCUCUCAGACCACAGGAGGUUCCCUGGAGGGGGAACAGGACCGACGGCAGCCAGGAGCACUGCAUAUAGGCACAGGAGAUGCCACCGCUGAUGAAGAGCAUGUUCCCACUGUUCAGGAUUCAGAGAUCAACCUCCUUAAAUCAGGAGAAAUCACGAUGGCUGUCCCUCUCAGCAUUGAUGAUAUUUCUGAGUUUGGCGACAGUACCAGGGAGCUCUUCGUUAAGUCCAGCUGCUACAGUGUCAUAACUGUUGCUGUGGGCGACUGUGGCCCAACCAUCUGCUGGAUGUUUUCCUCUGAGCCCAAGAGCAUCUCCUUUAGUGUGGUUUACAGGGAAUCCAGUGACACUCAGAUGGAGCAGUCGAAGGUCCUGAUUCCUCUGACUCGAUGCAAUUCCCAUAAAGAGACAAUUCAGGGGCAGCUGAAAGUCCGACACCCCGGCCUCUACACACUCAUAUUUGACAACUCCUUCUCACGGUUUAUCUCCAAGAAAGUCUUCUACCAUCUGACUAUGGAGAAGCCUGUGAUCUACGAUGGAAGCGACUGUCCCUGAAGCUCCCACAGCAGCGUCGCCAUGACGUCACUGUGGCAGCUAAAGGGGAAACUGACAAAAUGGCAAUUCAGUUCUUUAUUUUUCAUCCUUCCUUUUUAAAAACCAAGUAUUUUAUGUUUACAGAAAUGCUCUGUUUUAUUUAACUCUGUGGUGUUUUGACGUGCGCUCCUGUUUUUGACUGCGGCCCAAGUAAAGGUUCUUAAGAAGAAGAAAGAGGUUUUAGAAGGAAACUUUUAUGCAACUUUUAGCAUGUACACCAAGUAAUAUAUUUACCUUCAUUUCAUUCAUUUUGUAGUCUAGAUUUUUCUGUUUGUCCGUAGUUGUGGUGGUCUUCAGUUUGGUUUGGCUUCUCUUUUCCCACAUAUGUUGAUGGGAAUCCAAGCUACUGCAGGGGGACUCCAGAAAUAUCAAAUCUGAUAAAAGACUGUUGGCAGAUGGCAAUUAUUUCUGUGCAAAAAAAGCUGUCUUGAAGACACAGAAAUAUUUGAAAAGGAAAUGUAAAUUCACAGCCAGUUAUACAUGUUUUGUGCGGUAUUUAAAUCAGACGGUAGGAAAAGUGCAGACAGGUGGUUUACCUGCCGUGACAGCGUGACUUGUUUUGUCACAUUGUCUUUGUGUGCAUCAUCCUGGUAAAGUGUGAUCCUGGAGACACCUACUGUAGAACUAUGAUAAAGGCAGUCGCUUAAGGACUUUGCUGGACAGAUUUAGUUAACAUGGUAGCGUCACAAACAUGCCAGAGAAAGCCUGGAGAUUUCACAGGUGUGAAGUUAAGAUAAAAAUGAAGAGCUUGAACAUGGGUUUGGUCUGACCCAUGAGUACUGACGGCUGAUGAUAAAAAUCUAGCAACAACAAUGCAGUAGUGACAACUGAGCGUUCAUUAUGUGGAACAUUGAGCGCCGCGACUGAUGGGAUUCAAUGGCAAGACCGACUCUAGUUCAAAACAAUGAACUUGGACAGCUGUGCUUGGGCAAAAAUCCUAAUCAUUUAUUGACUAAUAAUCAGUAACACACACAUAGGUCUGAGUAUUUAGACACCAAAGGAAUCGCAGUUGAUAUUCACUCACUGUUAGAAGUCCAUAACAGAUUUAUAUUGUGCAGCAGCUUGUAUUUGUUUUCACACCACGCUUUAUUAUAGGUUAAAGUAGUCAUUGAAGAGCACCAGUGUAAUAAUGUACUAAUACCUAAUGAGUACUCACAGCAUCAGCAUAUUGCCCAUCCCAUCACAUAACAGUCUGUGGUUCUUUAAUCGACUUGUCUGAUACAUUUUAUUUGCACUUUGCCAGCACAAGAUGGGCAAAAAAAGCAGUAACCAAUAACUGGUCUGAGAGGGGAAAAAAAACAGUUUCUGCUUCAUAACAAAGGAAAAGCACUUUGUGCAAAUCUCAGGAGUGGGACAUUCAACUGUCCUCCAGUGGUAGCAUGUCCUCAAUUUUUUUGAAAAUUCAAAGGAGAGAAGAAAAACUGCCAUGUUGCUUUGUGUGUGAGGAGACCUGCACACCAGCUUUCUCCAUCCACUUUAUAUGUAGGAGCUAAUCAAGUGUCUGACUGUGUUAUUACAAUGACUUUCAGUUGAAGUAAAUUACUGAUUGUCGGCUGAAGAGCUGCUGUACUAUCCAAGUGCCUUUUGAUUUUAAUUGCCAGGGAUUUGUUUGCUUUUGUACAUUUCACUCUUUGUUAUCCUCUCAGAACGUGACCCUUCGUAGGGAUUCGUAGCAUUCUGUAAACACUUUUUAUCGGCAUUUAAAUCACAUCAUGCAGAAUUUUUUUUUAGUAAUACCAUUUGAAAGGAUUUUUUUCUUUCAGUUUUCCUCUGAAUCUCUGCAAUCUUUUUGUCAUAUUAUUAGAAAACAUUCUUCUUGUGCCCUCAGCGAUGAAAUGAGUUUGAAUACUGUGUGCUGGUUUUAAUAUUAGAUUUUUGUUUAAAGCAAAGCAAUAAGAAUGAAUUACCGUUCAGAUACAACCCUACACUACUUAGCAAGCAAUUAAGCUGCUUUUCUAAGGGUCUGUUUGCCCUUCAGUCAGGUCUCUUUUAUACUUCUGAUGGAUGCAAAUUCUAUGCAAAGCCUCAUAUUUUCUAAAAAGCUGCACUUUGUGAUGAAUAUUUUUUAAAUUGUUACAAUAUUCUGUGUGUAAAGUUUAUACUAUUGUUGUCAAAUAAUCCACUCGCUGACGGAUCUUUUUAAAGAUUGACAUGAUUCACUGCAGCAGGUGUCGAGUAUAACCAGCAAGCUGCCGAACAACCAGUUCACACAAAUAAAUUGUGAUGGUGUCUCUGA